AUGACUGGAGGACAAGCACCCCCCAAGGACGGCGACGCCUCUCUGGCCCAGCCCAGGGACGCCGUUCCCAUGACGAACCUGUCAACAGACGAUGCCGCCGCAAACACAUCCAAGGCCGCGGCCACCUCAUCACACCCAGAACCCAACACCGCGACGGGGGCCGAUGAUUCUAUCGAACCCUCGGCCAAGGGGAAGGAGAAGGAGUCCGGCAACACAGCGCAGCCUGCGGCCCAGAGCCAAGACGACUCCUUGGCAAUUGGUCCCUCGGUCGAUGACGUCCAGCCCAUCACCGUCUCACCAACCGACGGCCCCGUCUGCAACAUCACGCUCCUGUUAACAACCGGCGCGAGACACCCCUACAAGUUGGACGAGAAGUACCUGACAAAGAGGAACGUCAAUGUUCCCGGAUUGACGGAGGCCGGGAAGAAAGAUCCUUUCAGCAUCAGUGUGUACACCCUUAAGGAGCUGAUACUGCGGGAGUGGCGUGACGAGUGGGAUCCAAAACCGGCCAGCCCGAGCAGCAUACGGUUGAUCCAUUUCGGAAAGCUGCUGGAUGAUAAAGACCAGCUUAAGCAGUACCACUUCAGCGCUGAGGCGGCAAACGUCGUCCAUAUGACAGUUCGGCCUGCCGACAUCGUCGAAGAGGAGGAGCCCAAGGGAGGUAGCAAGUCGGCCUCGGGCGGCAGCCGCAACCGCGAAGGAGGCAGCGGGUGCUGUGUAAUCUUAUGA